CAUUGCUUUGGAAUGCCAGCAAUUUAUAAGCAGCCAGAAGGAGCAGCAGAAAAAACAGAGUACAGUCAAUGCUUUGUGCCCCAGACUGGAGAAUCUGUGGAUUAGUAAUGCCACGGUCCCCAGACUCCAAAAAAUAAUGAGAUGCGGCUCUGGCCAGUGGCCCUGUGUCAGGAGUGUAGACAUAUGGUUCCAGAAAUACGACAUUUCCAAUGUUUUGGAUAUCAUUGACAGCAAUGAAUAUAUGCAAGCUACAUCUGCGUUUGCUGAAUAUAUGGUCAAGGCAAUGCUCAAUGUUAAUAACUUAAAGAUGCUGUUGUUCGACAACAGCGACAAGCAUUUAAAGCAAUUUUGCAGCAUUGUUUCCAACGGCUACGCUCACCGGCUAAUAAGCUACGAUUGCGGUAUUCCAGUUGUGUGGACAGCCAAUGCGUUUUCGCCUGAGCUUAGGCACCUGAGUGCCAAUUUGGAUGUAAAUGGAAAACAGGCCCUGCCAAAAAUCAACGUGGCAAAUAUUGAGUCAAUUGAACUGACAGGAGUCAUAAGCGGCGUUUCAUGGAAGAGCUUUGCAAGCAAUAGUGGUGAUUCAGCGAGUAUUACUUUCAGCAACUUAAAAAAAUUGACUGUGCACCACUCCUACAUGGAAGAUGAACCCGCGCUAGCAGACAAAAAUGAUUCUGAAACAAGCAGCAAAGAAUAUUUUGUGUUGCACAUGCCCAAAUUAAAUGACAUUACUCUUUACGAAAUUGGUAACAACUUUGGGCUUUUGAACGCCUCUAUCGAGUUCAGGCGCUUGAAGCAUGCAUAUAUUCAUGGAUCGCAUACGCUUAAUUUAUUGGGCAAUACAAGCAAGGCAUGUAUUGACGGAUGCACGGUUGAUAUAAGGCUAAAUUCUGAUGCUGAUUUGGAUGCGUUCUACGAGGCAACAAACGCAUUUUUUGGAAGCUCAACCAAAAUAAGCCACGCAGAGCUGAUUAUCAUUAUAAAUAUGGACACAGACGUGUGUUUGCAAAAAUGGGAUUCGCGGCGCAUUGAAUGGACCAGCCUUCAUAUUUUGGAGAUACGCGAUGUGCUUAAGCUUGGCGCAGUUGUGGAUAUGCUGGCCAGAGUGCCCAAACUGACCAAACUAGAAGUGUAUGGUAUUCUCUUUGACGAGGCCUUUGAGCCCAGGCUUGACCAGGUCGAACCAAUAUCUACCAACAUCAACGAGUUAUACUUGCAUGCCUCAGUCGAUCAUGAUUGCAAAGAAGCAAAAUUUGACAGUAUCAAAUACUUGAUAUUGGCUGCUCCAUCAUUAAAGAAAGUCAAGCUUUCGAUGUAUGAGGACUUUGAUCACAUGUCGUUUGUCGAGGAGUACAAGGACUUGCAUCCACACGUGGCAAACAUUGCUUGGGAGCAAUUGUAGAAAUACAUUAGUUAACAAGUGAGUUUAUAAGGUAGUUUAUUGAGUUUAAGUUUGCAUAACAAAAAUAAAAUGUGAUGCAUUUGCUAUUCUUGCAAAAAAAUAUAUAAUACGUUAAGCAACGUCGGCACCACAAUCGAGUGUGUGAAUAUUUAGUCGAAUAUUUAAUGGUGAGCAAUAAUAUAACCUAUACAAUAUUGUUUUUG